CGGCAGGCCGCGCGCGGGCCGCGCAUGCGCAGCGGGGACCGGCGUUUGAGUGGCAAGUUGUUUGUUACAGCGAACACCAGCUGCUCCCCGCGCCGGGCGACGCGCGCCGCUGCUCCGCCGCUCGGCCCCUCGGCUGCUGCUCCGCCGGCGCUGCCUCCCUCGCCCCGCGGCUCCCCCUCGCAACUUGGCGGGCCUCCUCCCUUUUGUCCGGCCCGGCCCGGCCGCCGCCGCCCCCCGCGCCCGGCGCCGAGCUCCCGGGUCCCCGGGCCGGCUGUCGGUGCCGGCAGGGCGCGGAGGGGGCGGGGGCCGCGGCUCGUCCCCCCGCGGAUGAGCCGCCGCGGACGGGGCGCGGGCGGACGAUGGAACUCCACAUCUUGGAGCACCGGCUGCAAGUUGCCAGCGUCGCCAAGGAGAGUAUCCCGCUGUUCACCUACGGCCUGAUCAAACUUGCCUUCCUGUCCUCCAAGACCAGGUGCAAGUUCUUCAGUCUGACUGAGACGCCAGAGGAUUACACUAUCAUUGUCGAUGAGGAAGGAUUCCUAGAGCUACCCUCCUCGGAGCACCUGAGUGUGGCAGAUGCCACCUGGCUGGCCCUGAACGUGGUGUCCGGCGGUGGCAGCUUCUCCAGCUCCCAGCCCAUCGGCGUGACCAAGAUCGCCAAGUCGGUCAUCGCCCCACUGGCCGACCAGAACAUCUCCGUGUUCAUGCUGUCCACGUAUCAGACAGACUUCAUCCUGGUGCGCGAGCGGGACCUGCCCUUUGUCACCCACACGUUGUCAUCAGAGUUCACCAUCCUGCGGGUCGUCAAUGGCGAGACUGUGGCAGCCGAGAACCUCGGCAUCACCAACGGCUUCGUGAAGCCCAAGCUGGUCCAGAGGCCGGUCAUCCACCCACUGUCCAGCCCCAGCAACAGGUUCUGUGUCACCAGCCUGGACCCCGACACGCUGCCUGCUGUUGCCACACUCCUCAUGGAUGUCAUGUUCUACUCCAAUGGAGUGAAGGACCCCAUGGCCACUGGGGAUGACUGCGGCCACAUCCGCUUCUUCUCCUUCUCCCUCAUCGAGGGCUACAUCUCCCUGGUGAUGGAUGUGCAGACGCAGCAGAGGUUUCCUAGUAACUUGCUGUUCACAAGUGCAUCUGGAGAGCUCUGGAAGAUGGUCCGGAUUGGAGGACAGCCCCUGGGGUUUGAUGAGUGUGGCAUCGUGGCCCAGAUCUCAGAGCCCUUGGCCGCUGCGGACAUCCCAGCCUACUACAUCAGUACUUUCAAGUUUGAUCAUGCACUUGUCCCAGAAGAGAACAUCAAUGGUGUCGUCAGUGCCCUGAAGGUCAGCCAAGCAGAGAAGCACUAGAAGGGUCUCUUCUGCUCCUCCCUGCCGCCGCCCAGGCCCAGCCCUAACCCUGAAGAUUGAUCUUGCAGUAUUUCUCUACAGACUGGAAAAUCAGCCUGGGGACCCUGAGGAAGGGGCCUCUGUGGGAGACUCCCUCGAUUGCCAAUCCCUCCAGGGCAGGGGCCCACGCCAAGGCCUCUCCAUGCCCUCCUGCCUUCCUGGAGCCCCCGACCCUCCAGAGAACGACCUUUCUCUUCUCCACCUCCCCCACCCCAGAAAAUGCUUUCAGAGGCCCAGGGAGCUUGUGAGCUGAUCCACCUUCUCAUCCGGCCUCACCCACGGCCAGGGGCAGAUGCCAAGGGAAGCCGGUCCCUCCGAGACACCGGUGUACCAGCUGUCAUGUCACCUUGCAGGGCUGGGGCUGGUGGGGUGGGGCCGAGUUUGGGGUGCCCCAGAGGGUUUGGGGGUGAGUACUGUGGUCACUGGUCUCUGCUUCCAUCAGCUCAGGGCUGGUUCCCUCGGAGUGGAGGCCAGCAUGGCCCCCUCAGGUCAUCGGGGCUGGUGAGGUUCAGACAGGAAUCCAGGUGGGAUCCCCGAGCUGGGAAGGACCCAGACUCCCCCUGUACCUCGCCUGCCAACCACAGGGCCUGGGCCCGACUCCCAGCAAGACUGCCAAGAGGGCCCUGUCCAGACCCUCCCCCACAAGCACUCAGUCCUUGUGGGAGGAGGGAGGGUCCCAGGAGACCCACCAGCCUGGAGCACCAGCUCCUGUCCCCUCGGCUCCCCCUGGACCCGACUUGGGCAGGUAGAGCCUCAGCUUCCCCCAGCAGGGACAUCCCUGGCUUUCCGGGCCUGAGGUUUCUUAGGUGGUGUCCCACCUCCCCAACAGACAACUAGACCAGCAUAGGACUCCCCACCGUCCUCCUUCCUCCUCUGCCCCCAACUCACCUGCCUGCCUACCCGCCCCUCGGUCGGGGGCUGUGGCAUUCAUGAGUACUUGACCCAGGAGGCAGCUUAACUGAGCCUUAAUAGAGAAAACCAUACUUUGUUUCAGUUUUUUAUUUAAUGUAUUUGCACCCAGGCUGCUCUUGGCAGUAGUUUCUGUUUGGCAGGGAUAGGACCUAUUUGAGUUCUGUCAAGGGGGUCUGGAGGCUCUGUGUCACUAGGCUGGUGCUCUGUGGCUCCAGGGACAGGCAGUGGGAGUCGGGAGAUGUCACAGGAGCCUUGGCCCUCUCUUCUGAAGGGAAGCUGGGAGCAGAGAUCUGUUACAAGACGCUGGAGCCGCUGGCACCCUGCAUGGGAACUCCCAACCAGCUGUGGUUCUAUCUGAGCAGCAGAGGGGAUGAGGGAACCCGAGCGCCAUGGGGAGGUGGACAGCCGGGUGGCAGGCCAGCUGAGUGGUCAUGUCCAGGAGGCAUGGGGUUAGCUGUAGUGUCCCUUCCAGUGGGGUGGUUUUCUGAAUGAGCAGGACCAAGGGCCCCUGUGGCUUUGGCUCUGGCGGUUUGUUUUUUGUUUUUGAGGUGGGAAUCUGGCUCUGUC